GCUUGAAUGGUAGUGUAAACGAAAUUCUGUUCUUUCUGUACCUUCUUGGAGAAGGCAGAGAGCCACCUAUAAAUCGAUCUCGAACGGUUUGGCUCAGUUUCUCACUCUCUCGUCAAUGGAACCAAAUACCACUCCUCAACUUUACCCAUUAAACUUAAACCCUUCCAAAACCCAAAUAUGCCUUCAAUUUCUCCUCCUCUUCACCGACUCCUUCUUCGUUACAACCGCCGACUCUUACAUUUCAAACCCACCUAUCCAAUACUCCAAACACUGCAAUCACAUCGUACCGGAAUAUCCCCUCGACCCCACCAACUCCUUGUCAUAUUCCUCCUACCCUGCUUCUCUCCGGUUAUCCAUUGCUUUUUUCUCCGGUGGCGACCCUUUUUUCAAUUCUAAUCAGAUCGACUGGCCCAAUUCCGUCGCGCUUCGUCCCCGAUUUGGGCGCGCAACUGUUAAUAGUACUGUCUUAAGUGUUGAAGCUCGAUUGAAUCUCGUGAUCUCUAGAAAAUAUGACGCUGAUUCGGUGGGCUUCCGGAAAUUGCGGCAGGUUAAUGUGCGAGGACCGAAUAAUCCGGUGCGGAGAGGUGUCGCUAGCUUUCGGUUAAGUGGGUUCUGGUCGGAAGCUGAUGGGAAGCUCUGUAUGGUUGGAUCGGGAUCGAGUCAUUUGAAUUCCGGUAAGUUAGAGACGUUUAAUGCUGUUCUGAAGCUUAUUUAUUCGAAGCAUUUGAAUUUGAGUGUUUUUGAUACUUUGGUAAGUGGACUUUUGGAGAGUCUGGAUGUUGAGAGUAGUGGGAGUUAUUUUAAGCCGCUUUCGAUACUAGGUGUGGUUCAGUUUAAUGAUAGAAAUUACGAGUUUGGAUUGAUAGAUAAAGAAAUUGGUGAUGAGUUAGUUGAUAGAAAUGAUAAAGAAAAGAGUUUAUCUCUUGAUAGUUUGGAUCAAGGUGUGUGUUCAGUGUUAGGUUUGUAUAAUUUUAACUUUGACUUGGAAUAUGGUCGUGAUUGUGAUAGUGAUAACGUUAGUUGCAAUCCUCUUAGAGGGAUUGUUGGUAAUGCGCCGGGUUUGAUGUCUUUUAAAGGGAUUAGGUGUGUGGAUAAGGGGAAAAUGCAGAUAUUAUUGGGCUUUUGGAACUCUACUUUCAGGGGUGCGAGGUUUCCUUUUGAUCCUCACACCACAAUGGUUGCUGAGGGGGCUUGGGAUGAGAAGAAGAACCAGCUCCGUGGUGUUGCGUGUCGAAUCUUGAAUUUUACAGAAUCUUUGACAAAUGCAUACAUUGGAGAUUGCACGGUUAAGUUGAGUUUGAGAUUUCCUGCAGUGUUUUCCUUAAGGAACAGGAGUACGAUUCUGGGUCAAAUUUGGAGCAGCAAAAGGGAGAAUGAUCCAGGAUAUUUUAGUAAAAUAGGAUUUGGAAGUACACGGGAAGUAUUAGCGGGUCUCCCGGGUUUCAAAUACCAAUAUACAGUGGUUGAUAUUGCUAAGAAAUCUUGUGUAAGUAAGAAUAGUGCUAAGCACAAGGGAAAAAGAUACCCCAACGGGCAGUCUAUAGACAUGAGGUUCGAUAUAUCAUUGAGGAAUGGCGAAGGACAAACAGCACGGGGUUUUUCUUCUCCACUGUUUAUUGGUGAUGAGUUAUAUGAGCAUCAGCUAUCUGCACACAUACAUUUGCCAUCAUCGGUGAAGCAAGCUGCAUCUGUUUUUCAGCCAAGUAACCAGAGCAACAUACUGGACAUCAGCUACAAGAUGAGCUUUGCACCUGCAUUUCGUUUCAAGUUUGGCAGUGGUGAGAUAUCUGAAACAGUAGAAAUUUCGGCUGAAGGAGUUUAUUAUAGGGAUACAGGUGUCUUAUGCAUGAUAGGGUGUCGGAAAUUGGGGUCAAGUUAUCGAAAAGAGAAAAUGGCAAAAAAUGAUUCACUGGACUGUGAGAUUGCAAUUAAUAUUCAAUUCCGUGCACUGGAUGCAGAGGGCAGUGACAAUGUCAAGGGAUCAAUUGUUAGCACAAGGGAGAAGUCAGACUCUCUUUAUUUUGGACAUCUUCAGUUGUCUUCAAAUUUGAUUUACGCUAGCCAAGCCAAAGAAUCUAUUUGGAGGAUGGAUUUAGAGAUCACUAUGGUUCUGAUUUCUAAUACACUUGCAUGUGUCUUUGUGGCCUUGCAGCUGUUUUAUGUGAAGAAGCAUCCUGAAGUGCUUCCUGUCAUAUCUGUUGUGAUGCUCAUUAUUCUUACUCUUAGAUACAUGGUUCCCUUACUGUUGAACUUUGAGGCCUUAGUCAAGACAGACCGUAACCAGCAGAAUGUUUUUCUUGGAAGUGGUGGGUGGCUUGAAUCAAAUGAAAUAAUUGUAAGGGUGGUAACGAUGGUGGCUUUCCUUUUGCAGUUCCGUUUGCUUCAACUCACUUGGUCUGCAAGACAAGGUGAUGGAAGCCAAAAGGACUUGUGGAUUUCUGAAAAAAGGGUUUUGUAUGUGUCUUUACCAUUGUAUAUUGUUGGUUGCUUGAUUGCUUGGGUUGUGUAUCAAUCAAGGAAUACUUACCAUCGGCCAUACAUGAUAAAUCGCCAUACUCGAACUAACCGGUGGCCCUCAUACCAGCAGCAUUCUCUCUGGGGUGAUCUUAAAUCUUAUGUUGGCUUGGUCCUUGAUGGCUUUUUGCUCCCGCAGAUAUUGUUCAAUUUGUUCUUUAACUCAACAGAAAAGGCUCUUGCUGCUUCCUUUUACAUUGGAACCACUGUUGUCCGUUUGCUUCCUCAUGCAUAUGAUUUGUACCGGGCUCAUGGUUCUACUCGGUACCUUGAUUUAUCAUACAUAUAUGCAAAUCAUAAACUGGACUUUUAUUCGACAGCCUGGGACAUCACAAUACCCUGUGGCGGUCUGCUGUUUGCUGCCCUUAUUUACUUGCAGCAGCAAUUUGGUGGUCAAUGCAUUCUUCUCAAGAGGUUUAGACAGAGUUCUGUGUACGAGAAAGUUCCUGUAGUUAACAGUGUGGAAUUGCAACAUGAACCAAUUCAGAAACACUCUUAUAGUUCAUGAUACUUAAAAAGCCCAUUUCAAAUUAACCAUUCCAAAGCUUUGGUAUCGCAAUAUUAUUUUCUUUCAGUGGCUGAAGCUCUUCCAAUGUGACAACCAAUUUUCAGGACAGGUGCGGUCACUUUGUCUCAUUAAAGGCAUGGUUAGAAAUUUGUAUGCGAUGAUCUUAGCUUGCAAGAUAAUGCAUGUAGAAUGAGUCACAGGAUAGUCGUAAUAAGAUCUUUUAUCUUUUCUUUUAUAUUUCACUGCAAACUCAAAGGUUUGCAUGCAUGAUAGAAAAAUGUGUUUUGGUGGAUUUGAAGAUGGUGAGAGAAUUUAGCCUCUCUUCAUUUGUAUGACAAUAGUUGAUGGUGAUA